GUGGUGGUGACUCUUUGCAGCUUACACCUAUAGUGUCGAAGGAACCAGUCAUCUGGGCUUUUCAGAAAGAAACUCUGAACUGUAAAGAGUUAACAGCAAAGGGGAGGAGGGAGUAUCACGAGGGAGUAAGAAUGUUGAUACGGGUGAGCGCUAUGUACACAUAACAUAUACCCUACAUUAGAGUGCACGAGAAGUGUCCGGGUACUUGUCAGUACUUCACGAACGUGUUAGACCUUCUGUCAGUUCGUACUGUCAGAUCUUAAUCAUCGUUACUGUCGCAACAGAUGGUUGACUGCUGGAGAAGUACUAUCCGACAGCGUCGAUGACACCUGGGGGAAGUGUACAUUUUUCGUUGGCUUGUUUGAUAUUGUACAGGAUUGUAAACUUUCAGUUUUUCCUUCCAGAGGCAGCUUUGAGUUGCGCCAUCAUCGGCGUGGUUCCAGUGUUACAUCUCUCCAAAUCAAAAUCUUGCCCCCGCCCAAAAAAGGAUGGAAGAACUCGAAAAGUCUAUUCAAUGUGAAGAGCAAGGUCCGCUGGGACAUCACUCCCACGGGCUGACAAUUCUCACAGCCACCGUGUUUAUCGUCGGGGAGAUGGCGGGCUCCGGGGUCCUGGCCCUGCCGGACGCGCUGGAAAACACUGGCUGGAUCGGAAUGGUGAUCAUCGUGAUGUGCUGUGUUAUCUCCGCUUACACUGGCCAUAUUCUCGGCCGUUGCUGGUCCAUCGUUCAGGAAAGAUACCCCCGCUAUAGAGGCCCCGUUCGCUACCCGUACCCUGUCAUUGGACAAGUUACUUUUGGCACACCUGGCAGACUGCUCAUCUCCAUCGCCAUCAACUUCACCUUGUUCGGGGUGUCCGUGGUGUUCCUGCUGCUCGCCUCCCAAAACGUGACGGCCAUCGUCAAGCAUCUGUUCAAGCUGGAGUGGUCUUUCUGCUACUGGCUGCUGAUUGUCGCCGCUGUCCUGCUGCCCUUGUCGUGGCUGGGCACACCCAAGGACUUUUGGCCGAUAGCAGUGGGAGCGAUGGCGGCCACGAGCAUUGCCUGCGUCAUCCUGGUAACCAACAUGGCGCUGGACGCCAAGAAGGUGCCCACCGUGAUACAUGGGGAGGUGGACCUCGUGUCCUUUGCUGCUGCUUUCGGCACCAUCUGCUUCGCCUUUGGGGGACAUCCAACCUUUCCCACCUUUCAGGCUGACAUGAGAGAGCCGGCCAAGUUUGGCAAAGCGUGCCUGAUAGCUUAUUUAGUGGUGCUACUGAUGUACUUCCCUGUGGCCAGCGUCGGCUACUUCGUGUACGGCACCAACAUCAAGGACAACAUACUGGAAACUGUCAGCGCAGGCCCCAUGUUGACCAUCGUGCAGGUUCUCAUCACGGGUCACCUCGUCUGCAGCUUCAUCAUUGUCAUCAACCCCGUGUGUCAGGAGAUAGAAGAACUACUUGGGAUCGAAAGACACUUCGGGUGGCAGAGGGCGGUGCUGCGGUCUGUCGUGUGCGUCAUCGUGGCCUUCGUGGCGCUGAGUAUACCGCACUUUGGCGCCAUCCUCUCGCUGAUCGGCGGAUCAUCCACCACACUCCUAGCUUACAUCGCGCCCCCAGUCUUCUAUCUCAAGCUGGCCGCCACAGAGGGGCCCUGGCCGAGCUUUUCUGUGCCGUUGUUCGAGAAAGUGGCCAAUGUGGAGAUCAUGGUGGUCGGCCUCGUGGCAGGCAUCGCCGCCACGUACUCAGCGGUGUCCUCCCUCGUGAGCCCGGGCACCUUCGCUCCGCCAUGCUACAUCAGCAUCGCAGCUGCUAGUGGAUGACACUUACCCGGAUAUGUCACGUCAACGUCACAACCACCCAGCCAUGUAACAUCAUUAUCAUCACCAUCAGCUGACAGCGGAUGACACUCAACCGGAUAUGUCACGUCAACGUCACAGCUGACAGUGGAUAACCACCCAGCCCUGUAACAUCAUCGUCAUCACCAUCACCAUCACAGCUAACAGCGGAUGAUGCUCACCCCACUAUGUUACACUAUCAUCAAAACCGUUAUACGAUGACGCUCACACCGUUAUGCUUCGUCAGCAUCACAUGUGAUAAUGGAUUCAAUACGCUAGCCAAGUCAGUGGUGUUGCACAAACCAUAAAAUUUCGUCUGUUUCGUCUUAUCACUGUUCUUGAAGAUAUUUUUUCAGGAUUUCCACGUGAGAAUUUUGUCUCAUCCGUCUCCCACCAACAAGCAUGAUGUUGACAUGUUUGUUGAAAAAAUAAUUUAAAGUUUUGAUUGGAAAAAGAAAGUAUUACUAAACCUGAUGAAAACUUGAAAUAAAGUACUAGGCAGACA